AUGUCAAGAUCGAUAUGUGCUAAUGCUCUUUAUAGAUAUAAUCUUGUAAGAAGUUUAUCAAAUAUACAGUUUCAGGCGAAUUCAGCUUAUGGUGCAAAACCCUUCCAAUUUUACUGUCCUUCAUCCAGAGUAUCACAAUAUCAACCUGAUCUAUACACCAGAGAAUCUCCGUUUAAAUCAAAUCAUGUUUCUUACUCUUCUUCAACAUCACCAGACAACCAGUCAAAAAAUUCUGUACCAGCAAGUCCAUCUGGGUCAGAUUUACCUUCACCAGAACAAUUACAAAAUAUUGAAAACAAACUCAGUCAAUUUAUUAAAUUAUUCCUUGUAUCGAGCCCAGAUGUUCCUAUCAAUGGUAAAACUAUAGUUUGUAUUAAUAAUUUAAGUGGAAAAAAUAAAACAUAUAAAGGUGUACUAAGUUUUACUAUACAGAAAUUGUUAUUAAGAUUGUAUGCACAUUUUAAUUAUUUGUCAGUAAAUGUGGAAGUAAUCAAUAGCAGUACCAAUAUAGCAGAUGGAACAGUGACUAUAGACUGGAAAUUAUCUUAUAUUUCUAAUCUACAGUACAUCAAGACUUUUAUGCUGAAAAAUAGAUUGGAAAUAUAUGGUAUAUGUACAGCUAAGGUAAAAAAUGAUGGUCUUAUACACACUCUUUAUUUGGAGAGAAGAAAGGUAAUGAAUAGUGAACCAGCAGCAGUUAGUUAG